CUAGUUUUGAUAAAACAUGGUUCAAAUUUGUCCUAAUUUACAUUAGUUUUUGUUCUGAAAGACUGUAAUAUUUAGAAAUUAAACACUUGAGGUUUAUUAUAUUUUGUAUAAACAAUGGAUGAUGAAGCAGAAACCUAUAAACUUUGGAGAAUUCGAAAAACCGUCAUGCAGUUGUGCCACGACAGAGGGUAUUUAGUAACGCAAGAUGAAUUGGAUCAAACGUUAGAACAGUUUAAAGAACAAUUUGGAGAUAAACCAAGUGAAAAGAGACCAUCUAGAAGCGAGUUAAUUCUAUUAGUAGCCCAUAAUGACGAUCCUACAGAUCAACUAUUCGUAUUUUUUCCCGACGAACCAAAAAUUGGAAUAAAAACCAUCAAAACAUAUUGUUCCCGUAUGCAGGAAGAAAAUAUUCACAGAGCUAUUAUAGUCGUACAAGCAGGUAUGACUCCAUCAGCAAAACAAUCGUUAGUAGACAUGGCUCCGAAGUAUAUAUUAGAACAUUUUUUGGAAUCUGAGUUAUUGAUUAACAUUACUGAACAUGAAUUAGUUCCCGAACAUGUUGUGAUGACGCCAGAAGAAAAGCAGGAGCUGCUGGCUAGAUACAAAUUGAAAGAAAAUAUGUUGAUGAGAAUCCAAGCCGGUGAUCCUGUAGCUAGAUAUUUUGGAUUGAAAAGAGGACAAGUGGUUAAAAUCAUUCGACCGUCAGAAACAGCUGGCCGAUACAUUUCCUAUCGUUUAGUUUGCUAAGAAUACAUGUACAUUGAAACGUUUUUAGAUAGGAAUAAAAAAUUUUGUAAGCAGUA